AUGGAGUUUGUUCGCAGGACUGGGCCCUUUUUCUUCGCGCGGCCCUUAAAGAGGCCACUGCCGCGGUGUCGCUGGCAAUAUCGCCAUCUGCGCCUCAACUCAACUGCGCUCUCCGGCCCACCAGGCAUCGUCCUACGCGAUUACCAAGAGGAGUCCAUUCAGUCGGUGCUGAAAUACUUGGGCGAAGGCCAUCGACGCCUGGGGAUUUCACUAGCAACAGGAGCAGGGAAGACUGUUAUUUUCACACAGCUCAUCGGCCGAAUCCCUCUACGCGAUGCGAAAGCGACAAAGACGAUGAUCAUCGUCCACCGACGGGAGCUCGUCGAACAGGCCGCGCGCCACUGCCGCCUCGCAUACCCUGACCGCGUCGUGGAAAUCGAAAUGGGCAAUAAUGUUGCCACGGGAGGAGGUGAUAUUAUUAUUUCGUCCAUCCAGACCCUUACGCGGCGGAUCGACAAAUUUGACCCCAGCGCGUUCAAGCUGGUCCUUGUCGACGAGGCGCAUCAUAUCGUCGCGCCUUCUUACCGCAAGAUAUUGGACUAUUUUGGGCUGAACGAGCCCGCUGCCGACUCGCCCGUGCUGGUUGGGGUUUCGGCGACCUUUUCGCGGUUCGAUGGGCUUAAAUUGGGUGCUGCUAUUGAUCAUAUCGUCUACCACAAGGACUAUGUGGACAUGAUUGAAGACAAGUGGCUGUCAGACGCGAUAUUCACAACAGUCAAGUCCGGGGCAGACCUGAAACAUGUCAAGAAAGAUCACUUUGGUGACUUUGCCGUCGGCAGCCUUUCCAACGCGGUAAACACUCCCACGAUCAACAACAUCACGGUCCGGGCUUGGCUUGCCAAUGCCGAAGACCGAAAAUCGACCCUGGUCUUUUGUGUUGAUGUGACGCAUGCGCAGAGGCUUACGGAAACUUUUCGGGAACAUGGCGUUGACGCUCGCUAUCUCACUGGCACCACACACAAAGAUGCCCGCGCAGAGCAGCUGCGGGCUUUCAAAGCGCAGGAAUUCCCUGUCUUGUUAAAUUGUGCCCUUUUCACCGAGGGCACGGAUAUUCCCAAUAUCGACUGUGUCCUCCUGGCGCGACCCACGCGGUCUAGAAACCUGCUGAUCCAGAUGAUCGGGCGAGGCCUGAGAUUGUUUCCUGGCAAGAAGAAUUGCCACAUUAUUGACAUGGUUGCAUCGUUGGAAGCUGGAAUUCUGACAGCCCCUACCCUGUUUGGAUUGCAUCCCGACGAAGUGCUGAAAGAGUCUAGCACAGAAGAACUACGGAAGACCGCCGCCGAGCUCCAAGAGAAGCCGGAUGCUGAAUCAAACGAUACUGCUGAACCAGCGGCCACAGCACUCUCAGAAGAAGACGAUACCAAGGUCGUGCACAUGACCAGAUAUGACAGCGUCUUCGACCUUCUGAAUGACAUCCGCACCGAAAGAUACAUCCGGAUGCUCAGCCCGUACUCCUGGGUCCAAGUCGGCGACCGGAAAUACGUGUUGACCGAUUCAGCCGGAUGGCUAACCAUAGAGAAACAAGACGAGCUCUGGGUUGUGCACCAUGUCAUGAAAUUCAAAAAUGAGGCAGAUGUCCAAGUCUUCACCCGGCCACGAGAGAUUGCAUCCGGCCCGGACCUGGAAACCGCUGUGCGAGCAGCAGACAGUUUUGCAAAAAGCAAGUUCCAGGAACGCUAUAUUUCGUUGCGAGAAUCCUGGAGGCAUGCCUCAGUGACCACUGGGCAGCGCAAAUUCCUGAAAAGGCUCGAAGCUCACAACAAACGAAUACGCUCUCGGGAACUCACUCGUGGUCAAGCGGCGGAUAUUAUCACGAAGUCGCUUUUCGGUGGGAAAAAGCGAUUUGAUAAGUUGGAGGUCCAGGGUAGAGCCAACGAGAAGAAGAUUGAUGAUGCGCGCAAGCUGCAGGAAAGGGAAGAGGUUAGGGUUGGGCCGUUGGACCGAUGA